AUGAUGUAUGAUAUUCCACAGAAGAUAGAUGACUGGAACAGGAAUGCACUAGAAUUAUUUCGAAUUACUCAACCAAAUGAGAAUCAGGAAUUCUUUGGAGUAGUUCGCUUUUACUUCUACGGACCAAACGACAAGUUCUACUCAAAAUGUGUCCGAAUUUCAAGCCAAUCGACCGCUCGGCACUUGGUCAAUGUGCUGGUCGAGAAAUUUCAUCCCGAUCUGCGGCUUCUCAAAUCGGGACGAUAUGCCCUCUACGAGUUUCAUCCUUCCACUGGAGAGAGACGCCUGAGUGCAGAAGAACGUCCUUUGAUGACGCAAAUUAACUGGAGGUCGCAUCAACGCGAAGGUCGGUUUAUUCUUCGAGAUGAGUCCAAACUCGACACCAAGGUCAGUUCCUCUUACCACCUCAUCUCUCUUACACAACUAGAGCAACGUGGCGUGCUCGCUGAAGGUCACAGUCAUGGGGAUAAUCUAGUGCCGGUCGAUAAAUAUUUAGUCGACCCGUGGUCCAGCCGUCGACCAGCCACCAUCACCUCGCAGUACCGCGGACGGUACACCAAUUUCCCGAACCGAAUUGACACCAGCGCCGGUAACAUGAUGAAAUGGCGAAGCGCUGGGAACCUCAUGACCUCGCCUGGGUCAAAUUCGCCCGACAACUACGAUCGAAUGCGCGCCACGUCGUUGAAGCAACCCCCCGCUGAACCGUUCUCCACAUCACGCAAUCCGUCGAGCAGUUUGGACGAGUUGGUCUUCGAAGUACCUUCGAGCAAGAAAAACAAGAAAGACAAGCCGUUGAAGAAGAAGAAGACUCCGAAACCGUCGAAGAAGGCGAAGCUUCAGAAAAACGGCAAAGUUGAGCGAGACGGCAGCUGGGAUGAAGACAUUGUCCGGACGGCCUCAUUGCCUAACGGGUUAGACGAAAAUGACGCAUUCGCGGCUUCAAAUCGCGGUCCUAUCGAUUCCUCAAGCGGGACACUGACAGUAUUUUUGAAAUCCGCCAAUCUCCCCGAUCCCAGCCAAACGCUAAAGUCAACACUCUCGGAAACCUCGGCCCAAGUAAUUCGCAGAAUCCUUUCUUCCUACGAUCAACCCUACAACCCGGAUUUCUACAGCCUCGAACAAAUUAACGUGCCCGCUAAGGGCGAAAGCCUGCCUUACAGUGUUCCACCACACCGUUUCCUGCGAUCCGAUGAAAAACCCCUUCGCUUGAUCCGCACAAUUCAAUCAACGUAUCCACAAAUCCACACAGAGCUCCAUUUGACCCUCCACAGGGAUGAGAGCCUGUCUCUGCAGGAUGAUUCAAGUCCCAAUCAGGACUACGUCAACCUUUCCUUUAAUCGGGGGAAAGUGAAGCGAACGAUUCCACGACUCGUGGAAGUCAAUCCAGAUGGCACGGCGAAGAGUGGGAAGACUUUGCGGUUCAAUCUGGAUGGACUGAUACAGCCAGAGAGGGACAAGCAGAAGGGCGGAACACCGAUAAAAGUGGGAUCACAGUUCAGUGCCGUUGGACCUCCCCCAAACAUCGUUCUCAGUUCCAACCGGUUCCCGGACAUCCGGCCAGUGCACUGUUCGCUCCUGCCAGCAAGCAUGACGUCCAGCACAGUCACCCCUAGUGGGGGUACAGACCAACUUCCCACUGUCCUGAUUUCGCCUGCGCUCGACAUCACAACACGCCCGCCCGGUCCGACUCUUGUCUGCGUUGACGGGAAGAAGGUGGUGCGGCCUACAGGUCUGCGCCACGGAGCCAUCAUCCAACUCGGUCGGACGCUCUACCUAAAGUUUGUGGAACAGAGUUCUUCCUUGGACAAGACCAGACCGCUGGCGAGAGAACACUCGCCGAAGGGAUCCAUGCCAGAUCUCGACAUCCAGGCUGGAGGUCGAGCAAGAAGUCCCGAUAAACAGUUCAGAAAUCGAUCAUCUCGGAAUCAGCCGACCUACGAGAACACAGACCAGUUGUUUCUCGAUCGAAUCCCGCUCAUCGUGGACGUCUGUCUGCCAGAAUCCGGUCACCGGACCUGGAAUAAUCGUUCGAAGGAGGACUUUGCCGCGUUUUUUCACGAGACCUGCUGUGAUACCGUAGACACUAUCCUCAAGCUAGCCUGUAGCCUAUCAAAUAACAGCACUGUGCCGAUUGGUGAAGUGAGAGCCAAUCGCAACGCCCGACCACCCCUAUUUGUCCUCACGCCAUCUUUCCUUCUCUACGCACUGCUAAGGUGCUGUCUACGCCGAUGGAAGGCUGUCCAAUUAACCACCGAACAAAAAGACCAUUACUUAGCGGGCAUUCUCAACCAUAUUGGAAACCAAAUGUUUCAGUGCAUUCAAACGUCCUACCAAAACGACAUCAACGGCUGGCAGCCGAUUCGUGUGGUCUUCAACCGGCUUCUUUUUUGGCUCGCGAACUCCAGUGAAUUCCUCAACUUCAUCAGGAACGACGCCGAUCUCGCGGAAGCGGCAACAAAAUCAGAUCUUCUCUCCAGCUGCAUAGACGCAGCCUUCCACGAACUGCGCAAAGGCUUCCUUGAGUACAUGAAGUACCUCACGCCGUCCCUUCUCUUUCCCGGCGACUACGAUCAGCAGGACGACCUCCGGAUGGACGACAGACCAGUUCCACCGCCUGACGAACUGCCGCAUCCCCAGCGGGAGGAUCCAAACAUUCAGCGGCUCAUUCAAAGUCUGUCCUACAUGAUGCUAGGAAUGCGCCAGGCCUGUGUCAACGUCUCAUUUGCCCUGCAAUUCUACGCCUACGUGUUCCACGCCAUAGGUGCCUGGGUCUUCAACUCCAUCGUACAGGGUGAUGGUGGGGGUAGAGGAGGGGUUGUAGGGAAAAAGACACCGACAAAGGGAGGCGGUAUGUGGGUGACGAAACUCGGCGCAGGUCGGUUGAUGAGGCGUCUUCAACGAGUGAACCAAUGGGCCUCCAGACAUGGACUUGGCACCGUCUGUGAGGUCCAUCUCCUCCUGCCCAUUCAGACUUGUCAGCUGAUUACCAGUGACCGCUCCAAGUUCCGACCGUACCAUCGUCGAAUUCUCGAAAUGCGUUCUCUUAACAGCGCCAAAAUCGAAUGGCUUCUUACGCACCUUGGCGAUCCACCCCCCGUGCCAACGGAGUGGGUCAAUAAAAUCAUCUUGAGCGUUCGACAGGAAAUCGACCGUGAGAUAAUGGAGAAGCACGGCUCACCGUCGAGCAGGGAGACCCGUGAACUACUGUCCUUACAGGAGCCAGUGGACUUGGACAUCCCCCUGAUCAUACCCCUAGACGGGUACGCGGCUACGACCGGUCUCAAGGGAGUCCCAGAGGGUUUCAUGGAGGCCAUUGAACCGCUGGUCGAGGACGGGUGCAUUUUUGUGCGGAGAAACGAAGCCGCGUUCUCUGCGCCUCUCAACGGCGCCUGGACUGGUCACUUUAUGAAUCGCAAAACCUUACAGGAUGGUAAAAAGGGUGUGAAAGCGUCAACGCUUCCAGCUGCGGCAGCGAACGCCAACAUCGAACGUCUGGCGAGAGAGGCUGGUGUUAAGCUGAGCAGUGUCAAGCGAAUCGUCCUUGAAAAAAAUGGACAGCCACUGGGUCUAGGCAUCGUGGCCGCUAAGCCCGAAGGAAAUGCUCCCUACGGCAUAUACAUUCGCCACAUUGUGCCUGGCAGUGUGUCCGCAAGCGAUGGUCGCCUAGAAACCGGCGAUCAGAUCCUCGCCAUAGCCAAUUCCUCCCUCGUCAACUGCGACCAAUCAGAAGCCGCGGUAGCCAUCUUGGCGCGCAUCUCAAAUGAAGUGCACCUGGUGAUAGCAAAGAGGGCAGCGCAGGCGCGCGGCAUCAUCACUCUGAUCAAUUCGGCGGAGCGAGGAGGAGUCACUCCGCCUCCCUUCUCUACUCCUUACCAAUCCACUGGAGCACUUACACGCUCAACCCCCUGUCUUAUACAACCAGCUCGUCCCAAUGGUAGCAGUGACGAUGAUGACGAUGAUAGUGAAACUGGUGGACCGCAGUUUGGCUCUAGGGUGUCUCUUAGCCACGUUCAGCCGUUAUCUCAACCCCAAAAGAAGACACAGCUUCCUCAGAUCUAUCGGCCGAAAAGCGUGGAGGCGUUGUCACAGAGUCGUCCAAACCACGCGCGUCAUCCGACGGCCGACGAGUUUGAGGUCACGUCGGAGGAUGAAGAGGACGAGGUGACUUCGAACGACGACGACGACGACGGCAGUGACGAGGUAUGGCAGCCACCUGAAGUGGUCUCACCCACGGCCAAACAACGCAACCACCGACCCUCACCACCCAAUGGCCAGUUGUCGUUUCAACCGUCCCCCGCGAGUUUUCAGGGCUCGUUAAGCAACUACAAAUUCCGGUCGCAGCAGGAUCUCCGGCCGAGUGCAAUCAUGGUGGCCACGCCGAAGCAGCAGCAGCCAACAGUGACGUCGACGAAGAAUGACGACGACUCCGAAUCGCCUGAUUGGACUGAAUACGCCAAGCGGAACGCCGAAGUCAUCAAGAACCAGGGCGGGAAGCAACGGGACGUCGAGACGCCCUCCUUGGCGUCCAUUUCUUCCAGUGACUCGAUCAUCAGCCAACGCGACAACAACAAUUUUUCCCUGGAGAUAGUUGGCGUGGAACCACAUUCUGCGACUGCUUUGAGGAGCUGUCACCACUUCCCCUGCCUUUACAUCUUUCUCCCCACUUCAGUGACAUCGCCAUCGGCGCAGACGAAGGCAAAGAACGUCCAUCCCGGACAGUCUGUCUUGAACAGUGCCGUGGACGGGUCAAAAACACAGGAUGUCCCACCGGAAGGCGUGUACGCCACACCCUCUGAGGCAACCACGGAGAGCGAGGAGAUUCUGGAAGCUGUGAAGCACAGGAUCCCUGCACACAGUCGGAAACAAAACACCAGUGUUGACGACCACACCAGAAAGAAGACGAGUACUGCAGAGAAGAUGACGUCACCGCUGAACGGAUCGCCGGCCAAGGAAGUCACGGACAAGGCCAUGCAGACUGUGGUGGACGCCUCCGUCGGCGUCAGAGCGGACGAAGCGCCUGCGGUAUCUGUACAAGCUUCCGCGGUUCAGACAGAGCCAGCGGGAACUGUGGAGACGCCUAGAGUGCCAUCGCCGGAGCUUGUGUCGCGCUACACACCUCCACUCGAUCGAUUGCCGAUAACCUACGGGAACAAACCCGCAGCGUCUCGACCUGUGUCCAACCCUGCGCCAGUCCGACCUGUUCAAGUGGAAGACGUCACCAAAAGCGCUGUUGGUUCACAGUACGGCCGGCGAGUUCGAAUUUGUUCUGGUGAUAUUUGCUACAUGAUGUUAACCACUUCCUACCAGCCGAGCACUCCAAGAUCGUUCGAGACGAAGCUACCUCCACCACCACAACCACCGUCCAGUUCGACAGCUCCCUACUCAGAGCUGCACUUACCUUGGGGAGGACAGUAUCCAAGCGCGAAGCCCCUGUCUCAGCCUCCUCAAGGGUCCGCUGAAAGCGUCCUUCCUGUCUACCGACGAACAAACCAAUCGGAACAGCCAAGCACCAUCCAAUCAGGCGUGACUUAUUGGUCGUCACAGAGCAAUUUGGCAGCCCCCAGUCAGUCGCCUCCACCAAGGCCGACGGCCGACUUUCCACAAUACCAUCCUCCUGCGAGUCUGGAACCAUCUGAUCUUGCAAAGCAGUUAGGCGACACGGCUUCGCCACACCUUGUUUACGGACCACCAGCCAGCCACUAUGUGCCGCGUCGAUCGAUAAGUCGGGAAAACUCACCAUUGAGAGUUGAUCUGAUCGAACGCUCAAGAUCGCUCUCAUCGUCUACUCACGGCACACGCACCAGCAGUUUAAAUCGCACACCACAGCCACACGCACCUGACAGCCAAUCAGAGACGUUGCAGGAGUUGGCGCGCGAAAUCCGCCUAUUGGAAGAGGCGGUAGCAGCCAAUCCGAGCACCGAUCUCGUGCGCGAGUUAGACCGGCUGCGUGUGGAGUACCGCUUCCAGGUACACAUGAACGACAGAUCGCGAACUCGUUCCCUGAAUGCACCGUUGUUGCGAUCCGGCGAUGUGGCUACUGGCGAAUCAAGCAUUCCCAAGGUCCAGCCUCCUGUUAUGCCGAAACCGAAGCCACGACCAUUGGUUCCAAACCUACCAACUGUCACCGGAACCUCCUCUACGCGACCAUUGGAUGAAUUGGAGAACGAGCGGCUCGAAUUAAUCCGGAUUAGGGAACAGCGAGAACGGAUUUACGAUGACACACUAAACCUGAAGCCCACUGUCGACUUCUCAACGCCUGCUACUGCAAGUCUCAGCAUCACAUCCACGACGCCAGUCCCACCAAUGCAACCGCGGUACACGUAUCAAGUGGAGUCAGGACCCCUGUACGAGGAUACUUUGGCCGACGUGAGAACGACCAAUCAGGUGCCACGAUACAGCGAAACCACCCGCAGACUUCCGUCACCAGACCCUCUGUUGGCACGUGGAAGCGAAUUGCGAGCGAGCCGGAAAUCGGUCACCUUCGACACCAAUCUGGAAUCGGUGGCGGUGUACUCGCCGCCGGCAUCUCCGCGCCCCGAUCAUACGCGGCGAGUGGUGCCUAAACCAAUCAACGGUUGCUCAAAUGAGCGCACUACCCAACCACCUGCAAAUGGAAAACAGGCGUUAAGUUCAACCGGUGUUCGCGUGACUCCGUCGACAAUAAGCCAACCAGAAAACGCCGAGAAUUUGUCCUUCAUGGACAAAAUGGCGUUUUUCGCACAAGCAAUUGGCGAGGAGAUGCCGAAGGACCGUCCAAGGAUUUCACAAAGGGAGCGACAGCUACUGCAUAACCUCGCACACUAA